CACAGACUAAUAAGAGAAUUAAGAGAUACGAACCACCAUUGAACCCAACCAAACUGAAUAUUUGUCUUCUUUUCAUUUAUAAGCUUAAACUGGUGAAUGUUACUAUAAAUACUUGAAAUAUGGACUCCAUUCAAUCUUUAUACGGCAAGUGCCGGUGCUGUUUGAAGACAGGCGAGCAUCGCGACGUCCUUAAAGAAUAUUACUGUGAUGGAACUCGUGAAGUAUACUUCGAUAUAUUUUUGGAAUGUUUCAAUGUUUUUCUUUCAACAUCAAGUGAGAGCAGUAACCUGAUUUGUGUGAACUGUAUCCAGAGUUUGCGGAAUGCAAACGACUUUCGCAAAAUGGUGGUCGAGGCAGAGAAGAAACUGCUGCCUGUGAAAAAUCUUGAGGUAAAACUAGAAGGCUUAGAAGUAAAGCUGGAGCCUAUUGAUGAUCAUGACUACAUGGACACAGACAACAAGGACUUUGAUCCCGGAAACGACGAAGACACGCUCGCACGCGACGAAUCUCGCCUAUUGGCUCGGUUCCCAACUCUGCGCCCUCUACCCACCAGGGACACCCUGUAUGAUGUGUGUCCCCGAUACGUAAUGCAUCUCGACAUGUUACGGGGAAAGAAAACUCGCUCAAAAGACAUAGAAGAACUACUAAAUCUGGAAACUGAAAUAGAAAGCAAGCACAUAAGCGACCAACGCUACGUCGCCGAGAAGGCCGCUCACGUCCACAACGCACAGCUUAUCUUGGAGCACUCCAACGUUACUGCUUUCAAGGGUAAAAGCAGAGUUGGACUGCCCUGUUUCUACUGCAAAGACCUCUUCGACAACAUUGAAGCAUUACGAACACACCAAAAAGAACACAAGAAAAGUGACAUGAAGAAAUCCUUGAAUUCUUUUAGUCCUUAUAGUCUUGUCAUAAAUGUGGACAUAACAGACUUAAAGUGUACUUUAUGUGACGCUAGCUUAAAUACUUUAAAAGACUUAAAAAGUCACUUAGAAACAAAACAUAGUAAAAAGUUUUACACUGAGUACGAAGACAGAGUAAUACCAUUCAAAGUACCCAUGGAUAAUAAUUAUAUUUGCCAAAUAUGUGGUCUAAAGUUGGAGAAUUUAGGAACGAUGGAAAGACAUAUGAACGGACAUUAUAGAAAUUAUAUUUGUGAUGAGUGCGGGACGGGAUUCGUAACUAGCUAUAGAUUAAGAAUGCAUAUUAAAACUAUGCAUGUCGAAGGUAGUUUCCAAUGUGAAACUUGUAACAAGGUGUUUUCAUCGCAACUGAAGCUUAAAAGCCAUAUAGAUACAGUGCAUAAUAUGGUAAAGCGCUUUAAAUGUACUAAAUGUUCAGAGCGGUUUACAGGUUAUUUUAAGCGACAUCAACAUUUAGUUGCAAUACAUGGUGAAGCAGAAUUAGAAUAUAAAUGUAAUGUUUGUGACAAAGUAUAUGCAAGAAGAUACAUGUUAUCUCGACAUAUGAAGCGAGACCAUUUGGAAGAGCGUUAUUUUCAAUGUGAGAUAUGUUCUAAUAAAUUCUUUGCUAGGCGAGAUUUGGAAUCGCAUAUGGUUAAGCAUAAUGGGGCUAGGACUUUUGAAUGUAUGGUGUGUAAAAAAGCGUAUGCGCGGAAGAAAACGUUGACGGAGCAUAUGCGGAUACAUAAUAAUGAUAGGAGGUUUUCUUGUGCGGUGUGCGGGCUGGCUUUUGUACAGAAAUGCAGUUUAAAAGGGCAUAUGAAGACGCAUCAUUCUGAGUAAAUAUGUUAAGCGAGGUUUAGACUAGCAAGAACUUGCAUGCAAUUUACGUUACAUUGCUGACUACUAAGGUAAACUGCAUUCAAAAUGUUUAUCAGAUACCGCAAUGUAAUGAAAAUUGCAUGCAAGUUCUUGCUAGUCUAAACCUCGCUUAAGCUUUGGAGAAAAAUGAAGUUCGGAGAAAGUUGUUAUUAUUAUUAUUAUUUAUUUAUUUAAUAAAAUACAGAGUAUUCUUACAAUAAUCAUAGCCCCGCAAAACUCACGCAAGGUCAUCAGUCUCUAGUUACAUAUGUACUUAACUUAAUUUUAUAGUAGUGCAAUUACUACAAAAUAUUGAGGUAGUGUAUUUUUAACAUAGAUUACUAUGUAUUGGAUAUAUUUGCUAAAACGGUAUCAUUUUAUAUCAAUAUUAUAUUAAAUUUUUGUCACAAGCAAUCUUGUCUUUUUUAAUGACAAUUAAUCCCUGCUGUUGCCCGCCGUGUCGGUAAAAUAUCGUGACAUAUUAUUUCGACAUUUAAUAUUAUAUUCAUAAAUAUUAUAGGACAAUUUUUACACAGAUCAACCUAGUCCCACAGUAAGCUCAGAAAGGCUUGUGUUGUGGGUACUGGACGACGAUAUUCAAAUAAUAAUAUAUAAUAAUAUAAUAUAUAUAUAUAUAUUUAUUGCUUUCACAUUGGUAAAAUUACAGAUGUUCUUAAUCGAUAAUGUAUCACAACAUCACACCCUGUAAGGGUAUUGCAAUUUUAUCUAUCUACUCUAAACUAAUACAUAUGUAAAUUAAACACAGAGAUAACAUUACACAAAAGUAAUACCUACCUAAGCUAUGUAUUACUUAUAUGUCUAUUUAUGGUAUUUAUUACAAUCAAAAUAUUCUUGUAUAGAAUAAAAACAAUUACUCGUUAAAUAAUUUUUCAAGCAGUUAACAAAUUUAUCAUAUUUUUGCUCUCCCGCUAUUUCCUUUAGGAGACUAUUGAAAAUUCUUAUUGACAUAUUAUAGGGGCUCUUAUUACUUAUUUGUAAGUUACUGGCGGGAAGGGCUAUUUUAUUUUGGUGUCUUAAAUUUAAGGUACAAUUAUUAUGACGAUCUUUAGCUUUUAAAUAUAGGUCAGGAUGUUUUCUUACAAAUUUACAUGUUUCUAAUAUAUAGAGGGAUGGUAGAGUUAAAAUAUUAAAUUUUUUAAAGUACGGUCGGCAGCUCUCUUGGUUUUUUUAUAUUACUUAAUAUUCUAAUACACCUUUUUUGUAAUAUGAAUAAAUCUGCACUAUUUGUGCUAUUACCCCACAAAUUGAUCCCGUAUUGGAGCCAUGUCUGGGUAAAUGCAUGAUAAGCACUAAGAGCCGUUUUUAACCCUGUAGUUUUUUUAAUAUUUCUGAGGGCAUAAGCAAAGCAUGAUAUUUUCAAGCUAAUUUUAUCUAUAUGCAUUUUCCAAUUGAUAUUCUCGUCAAUGACUAUGCCGAGGAGAUUGCAGUGCUUUAUUGGUUGAAUUUGGGUAUCUAGGUAAGUGAAAUCAAAAUUUAAUGGGGUUCGUUGAUGGGGUCGAAAUUGAAUUAAAUUUGUCUUUUUUAGGUUUAGUUGUAGAUUAUGAUCGCUGAGCCAUUGAAUUACGGUAUCAAAAAUAUUAUUUAACUUAUGAGUUAGAUUGUUACUGUUUGAACAAGAGAAUACUAUAGAUAUAUCAUCGGCAUAUAGGAAACAUUUUGUAUAUUCGGUAUUUAUUAUUUUUGCCAGGUCGUUAAUGUAGAUUAAGAAUAGGAUGCAGCCUAAAACACUGCCCUGAGGAAUAGAACCUGUGAUUUGUCUUUUCUGUGAAAAUGUUUU